GAUGCAAAGAAAAAAAAAAAAAAGAACAUGUUAAUUCUUGAAUAAUAGGAUUUUUCUUUUUUUAAUUCAAGUUUUGAUUUUUUUUCACAAAUAUAUGGAAAGUGAUCUUGAGAAUUUUCGACAACAAUGGCAACAAGAAAUAUUACAACAAGGACAACAAAAUCAAGAUUUGAAAGAUGUCAAUGUUUCAAUCAUCACAAAUAAACAAAAAGACACGAUUAAUUUAGAAAAUUCAACGUUAAUUCCUCUAAUCGAAGAAUCAAAAAAUGAUGGAUUAAUCAAUUCAUUUCGUAAUACGAUACUUGAUUUAUUACCAUUGAAUCCAACCAAAAAAAUUCAUAUAUCAAAACUUCCAAAUGAAUUAAUAAUUUGUAUUCUCAAACAAUUAAUUCUUACUGGAGAUGUGAAUUCUUUGGAAAAUGGAUUUGCAUUGGUUUGUAAAAAAUUCUUUUUAUUAUCAAGGGAUAGUUCGAUAUGGCAUUUAUUAUGUGAAAAAUUUUAUUGCAAUAAUGUGAAUAAUCAUAAAGAAUUGAUCCAAAUAUGCGUAAAUGCUCACGGAAAUGAUUGGAGAAGAAUGUAUAUUGAAAGGCCACGCGUAAGAUUAGAUGGAGUUUAUAUUUCAAAGUGCAAGUAUCUAAGGCCUGGAUUGGCGGAAAAUACGUGGAUACAACCAAUUCAUCUUGUAACUUAUUACAGAUAUAUUAGACUUUUUUCAGAUGGUUCAUGUAUAACAUUAUUAACUACAAAAGAACCAUCAAAAGUUGUAAAGAAUUUUGAUAAAUUUGUUCAUAUGUUAAAAAUAUCAAAGAAAUUUAAAAAUUUUAUGAUUGGAUAUUGGAAAGUCAUAAAAAAUGAUGAUGAUACUGAUGAUAUUUCAAGAAAGAAUCAAGUGAUUAUAGAGGCUAAUGAUAAGGAUUUACCUAAAUUUACUUUUCAUUUGAAAUUUGAUUUGAAAUCAACAUCUAUUGGAAAAUUUAAUAAACUUUCUUGGAUUGAAUAUUAUAGUGUUAAUAAUCUAACAACCGAAAAAAUUGAAUUAUUGUUGAAAAAUGAGAAUAAUUUUUAUUUUAGUAAGGUAAA